AUGACACGUCGGAUGUUUUCAAAUGCACCAGUUUCUACACGUACUGAGAAAUUGGGGCCAAUCACAUGGAGUGGAUUAGCAUUGGCAGGAAUGAUAAGCAGUGGUGUUAUGUAUUAUUAUUAUAUGGAGAAAGACCGGCUACAAACUCAAUCUACUUCCAAGGUGACAUCGGUGGGUAAACCACUUUUAGGUGGAAAGUGGACACUUGUUGAUUGUGAUACGAGACGUGCCGUCACGGACGCCUCGUUCCGUGGCAAGUAUACGUUGUUAUACUUUGGGUUUACACACUGCCCUGAUAUCUGUCCCAAUGAGUUAGUACGUAUUGGUAAUGUCAUCGACAAAUUGGAGGCUGACAACUGUACCGAGGUUGUGCCAUUGUUUGUGACCGUGGAUCCAAAGCGUGAUACCAUUGCACAAAUGCAGAUUUAUAAGGCUGACUUCCAUCCGAAAUUCAAAAUGCUCACGGGUACACGCGAUCAGAUUGCAGAAAUUACAAAAGCAUAUCGCGUCUACUUUUCCAAGGCAGAUGAAAAUGAUGACGAUGAGGACGACUACUUGGUGGAUCAUUCCAUUGUCAUGUACCUUGUUGGUCCCGACGGGGAGUUUCUGGACUUUUUCACCCAGGCUGCCCGUGUUGAUGACAUUGUUGCAAAGAUAAAGACGUAUUUUAUCUAA